UACGUUUCUUCCUUCUUCCUGUCCUUGGUAGGAGCGUCGGGAUCUUCGCUGUCAGGACAAACACAUGGCUAAGCUGAGCAAGGAGACCAAGCAGCGGCUGCAGCAGCUGUUCCAGUGCAGCCAGUUUGUUAUCCGAUGGGGGUUCAUCCCCACCGUGCUCUACCUCGGUUUUAAACGAGGAGCAGAUCCGGGCAUGCCUGAACCAACGAUUUUAAGUUUGCUCUGGGGUUGAAGAGCAGCUUCACUCGGCCAUUCCCCUCCUCUCAUCCGAGACCAUGUGACGUGUUGUUUAAAAGGCCAGGAAACCGACCCCAUCACUCUCCUUCCUCUGUGUAGAUCCUGCUGCCUAAUGUCUGACAGCUAUGGAGCAAACGGUUCAGGGCGCAGAGAAUAAUUGUACAGAGAGUAAUGCUGCUCUGGGCUUCCAUGUGUCUAAAGUUAUGCGACUGUCUUGCUGUACUCCUGAUGUUUUGGUUUGGAUAUAUAGAAGGAUUCUGGUUUCCUUUUUUUUUUAUUUGUAAUUUAAAAGUUCAAACAAUAAAAUGUAAAAGGAAUGUC